AUGACCAGCAAGUUCUGCCUCCAGCUAGCCCCGCGCCUCUUGACGGUGAAACCCUUGAAGCCACACUUUGGAGACAUCCAAGUGGGCAUCUGUGUGGCGAUCAAGCGCAGAGACGGGCGGAUCCACCUUGCUGUGAUCACGGAGAUAAACAGAGAAAAUGCUUGGGUCACAGUAGAGUGGGUAGAGAAAGAAGCCAAAAAGGGAAAGAAAAUUGACCUAGAGACCAUAUUCCUACUGAAUCCUGCACUGGUCUCAGCUGAACACCCUAUGCUGUCGAGACCGUUUCCCCCGUUGUCUCUAGCGCCCCCUUCUGCCAUUGGAGAUCAGCGUAUGGACACACGGUGGAUGGCAAUGAUCCCCCAGAAAAAUGAAAUGUCCUCUGGGGACAGCCCAGCUGUGGGGAUCCCUAGCAACCCUUGCCUAAUGAAAUGGAAAAAGUCACCCUGCGUGCGGGAAAUUGAGAAAUUGCAGAAGCAGAGGGAGGAACGCAGGCGGCACCUGCUGGAGAUCCGAGCCCAACUGGCCCAAGAUGGCAACACAGGAAACCCUAACCGCGAGAUCAUGCGCAUGAUCGAAGAGUAUCGCAGGAGCCUAGAAAACAGCAAGAUGUGUGGCCCGGAGUGCCUGGAAGACCACCGGAUCUGCGUCUGCGUGAGGAAACGGCCUCUCAACCAGCAAGAGACCACCAAAAAGGACCUGGAUAUCAUUACCAUCCCCUCCAACAAUGUAGUCAUAGUACACGAAUCAAAGCAGAAAGUGGACCUCACCCGCUACCUGGAGAACCAAAUCUUCUACUUUGACCAUGCCUUCGAUGACACCGCUUCCAACGAGUUAGUGUACCAGUUCAGUGCUCGGCCGCUUGUGGAAUCCAUCUUCCGGAAAGGCAUGGCCACUUGCUUUGCCUAUGGGCAAACAGGCAGUGGGAAAACACACACCAUGGGUGGAGCCGUCUUUGGCACAGACCAAGAUUGCUCUAAAGGCAUCUAUGCCCUGGUAGCGCAGGAUGUUUUCUCCUUGCUCAGAAACCCUGCUUAUGGAAAACUUGAUCUUAAAGUCUAUGGAACAUUUUUUGAGAUUUAUGGAGGCAAGGUAUAUGACUUACUGAACUGGAAGAAAAAACUUCAAGUCCUUGAAGAUGGCAAUCAACAAACGCAGGUGGUGGGGCUGCGAGAACAGGAGGUGUGUUGUGUAGAGGACGUUCUUAACCUCGUGGAACUGGGGAACAGCUGCAGGACUUCUGGACAGACGUCUGUCAACGCCCACUCUUCCAGGAGCCAUGCUGUGUUCCAGAUUAUCCUGAAGACUCAAGAGGAACUACAUGGCAAGCUUUCCCUCGUUGACUUAGCUGGGAACGAAAGGGGAGCAGACACUGCCAAGACCAACCGGAAGAGACAGCUAGAAGGGGCAGAGAUUAACAAGAGUCUUCUGGCCCUCAAGGAAUGCAUCCGGGCUUUGGGUCAGAAUAGGCCUCACACUCCGUUUAGAGCCAGCAAACUCACACAGGUUCUGCGGGACUCCUUCAUAGGUCAGAACUCUUCCACUUGUAUGAUUGCUACUAUCUCUCCGGGAAUGGCCUCUUGUGAAAACACUCUCAACACUUUAAAAUAUGCAAACAGAGUAAAAGAAUUAACUCUCAAUGUCAGGUCCCACUAUCAUAGCUUCUAUCCCGUAAGAAGUGAGGCACCAAAGAUGUUGGACAAGCAUAUUAGUACUUCAGAAAUGUCCCUUCAAAGCGAUGAAUUAAUGAAAAUACCUUGUAUACACAGAGAAAAAGAAGAGAUUGAAGGAGAAACUAAAACAUUAUCCUCUUCUUCAAUCGAGAAUGCUAUGACUUUGCGGAAGGAGACCAAGCAAAAGCCGAGGAACAUCCAAGAGCCAGAUGAUGGGGUAAAAUAUGAUGUUGAUUUUUGCAUUUCCCAGUUAUUAGCCAUUUUGGAUCAGAAAAUUGAUGUUCUGACUGAGAUUCAAAAGAAACUGAGGUUAUUACAGACUGACUAUCAAAAGAAGAGCAAGAUAGAGUGA